AAUAAAAAAAAAUUCUAAUAUGGAUCCAACAAAUAUUAUUACAAAUUUUAAUUCAUUAUCAAUAUCAAAAUCAAGUCAACUACGAAUAGUUGGACAAAAAUUUGUUGCUGAAAAUGUUGUAAAAUUGUUCCAUGAAGAGCGUUUGCCAUCACAUCAUUGUUUUUCGCGAUCGAAUAAUCAUAAUGAAAAUGAUAAUAAACAUAAUGAAACAAAUGAACUAUCAUUAUGGCCAUGUUUACGGCAUUUUACAUGGAGUUCAUUGUUACAACAACAAUUUGGAAAAUUCUUACCAGUAGAUAAAGGUUAUUCAAUGUUCACAAUUGACCAGCAAGAGAAUCGUCUUCAGCUUUUUAACAAUGGUUCAAAUCAAGGCAUAUUUAUUGGUUCCAUAGCAAAUAAAAUUAUCUACUCAUAUUCUGAUUCAUCAAACUAUCUUUAUAUAUUGGAUGAAAAACAUCGUCUAUAUUUCUAUCCGGUGACUGAAAAUAGCCAAAAUUAUCAUUUAAAAGUUCUUAUUGAAGAUAUUGUUAAAUUUCGUUCGAAUGGUAAACAAUGUUUGGCUUUAGAUUCUGAUGGUGAUCUGCUUGUAUGGUGGAUGAUUUUUCAUCACGAUCAAUCUGAACAUUUCGACAACAUUGAAUUUCGACCAUGGAAAUUUCAACAAAUAAAAAAAAUUUUUGGUGAAAAAUUCAUUAUUUUGGAUUUUGAUUGUGGCCAAUCCAAUGCUGUCAUAUUGGCUUGUUCGUCCGAUUAUGGUGCACAAGCUGUUCAUAUUUGGCGACAAUCAUUUAAAAAUGAAAAUGAUGACUACCUGGAAACGAUACACAUUUCUUAUAAACAAAUUUUCUGGAAUAUUAUUGCCGGUGUCGAUUCAUUUUUAUUGAUGCGUGAUGGUAUUCCUUAUGUUUUUGAUGGUCGAUCUAAUAAAAUCGAUAGUCAACCAUUGAUAAUUACUAAAAUGCCAAAAAUCAACAAUUGUUACAACAUUCCAUCUACUGAUAUUUAUAUAUUCAUUUCGAAUAAUUCAUGGUACAUUUACAACACACAAACUGGACAACAAAUAAAAACAUCAUUACGAUCAUUGCCGGAUCUAUAUUCAUUUUAUGGCCAUUAUCCAUCAUCACCGCCAUCAUUUUGUCAUAUUAAUCAACAAAAUUGUCUACAGGAUCCACAACAAAUUUCCAUAUUGGAAACAUUUAAUAAUCCAUUUUGUUAUGAUUUCAAGAUACAAAUACCAAUGAUGAUAACAAACCAACAAACAAUCAUACGUACAAUAUAUCUAUGUAAAGCUAUAUUGCAACAAUGGAAACCAUAUUUUAAUCAUUUGUUUCAACAAAAUCCCACUUUGAAUGAAACAUCAGAAUUAUUAUUGACCAUUGGUUAUAUUGAACAUUAUUAUUAUUAUAAAUCAAUGUACACAAUACUAUUGCCUACAUCCAUCAUACAUUGUGAACAAAUCCGUCAAGGUAUUCAAAAACUUGAAAAACAACAUGAAAAACCAUUCAUUCCAAUUUCAAAUACUACUAAUAUGUCAGAGGAUUUUGAUUUAAAUUCGAUAGAUUUAUCUGAUCUCAUUUAUAAUUGAUAAUUAAAAUUUUUUUGUUGUUGUU